AAUAUCUGAUAGUUGUGUAGUUGCCAUCAUAUGGUUCUUAUCCAUAGAUCUCUGUAUUCUUUCCCUAGAUUUUUGCAGAACCAUUAUGAAGUCACAAGUCAUUCCUGCUAAGUAGAAGACAAGUCUAUAAUGAAAGAACUGUGUGAUGAUUCAGUGAAGUCUUUCUAUACUUUCUAAACUCUUCAGAUGACCAGCUGUUUCUUGCUGCAAUUAGAUCCAUUAUUCUAAACAUAAUUUUAAAAAGGGAAUGAAUUGCCAAAAAGAUCAAUAAUAAAUAAUAAAUGUAGCUGUGUUAUGAUAUUUUCAGGGCAGAAUUAUGCUGUGUAGUUUUAUCAACACGAAAACGAAUGUAAAAUGUAGUGUAAAAUAGUCCAUGUGAUGAUACAUUGGAUGUUGCAUGACAGCUGACAGCUGCUUAAAGCACUCAACAAGAUUUCAACAAAGAGGAAUAGACCAGGUCCUUGAUGCCUCAACACUCAGCUUUGGUACUCGAGUCAGAUGGUUUGCCAUAUGCUUUGUUGCUGGCAUUGUGUGUUCUUUUCUUGGAACAGCAUUGCUAUGGCUCCCAAAGGGGAUCAAACUUUUUGCAGUGUUCUACACCCUGGGAAAUAUUGCUGCGCUUGCCAGUACAUGUUUCCUCAUGGGGCCACUGAAGCAACUGAAAGCAAUGUUUGAUCCAAAACGAUUAAUAGCUACAAUUGUGAUGUUGCUUUGCCUAAUAUUGACUCUGUGUGCUGUAUUCUGGUGGAACAAAAAAGGUUUGGCAAUGCUAUUCUGCAUAUUGCAGUUCUUGGCAAUGACCUGGUAUAGUCUGUCUUAUAUUCCUUUUGCAAGGGAUGCUGUGAUUAAAUGCUUCUCAUCCUGUCUAGGGUAAAUUAAAACCAGGAACCACUGUCCACUUUAAAAAGCAACUUUUUCCUUUGUAAAUUUUGCUCAAAAAACUACUUUUCUACUUCUGAAAUACCCAGUAGCAAUUUAGUAUUUUCCUUGCCUUUUGCACUUGGGAGAUUAAAUAAUUUUUACUAGAAACAGUUUUUUAAAUAAGUUUGGAGAAUUAUUUGUGUUUACCCUGGAAUUUCCAGGCUUUUUUUUAAGAAGAAAGUAUAUUUAAAUACUUUAUGCAGAGUAGUCUUAACACUACUUUGUAUCCAGUUUAUUCCCCAGUGGAGGCAAGUCGCUAAGGUCUGGGUAAUAUGCAUAAAGAUUGCAUUUACAGUUCUGUCUAAAACUUGCAAUGUGCCAUUUAUGUUUGUAUAUUAUCCAUUGUAUGCUUUUCCAAAGACAGAGUUUUAUAAGCAUUGUAAAGAUUUGGAAGAUUAUAAUUAACUGCUCCUUUGAAAUGUCUAUACAUGUGCCUUAUGGAAAAAACUUAAUGAGAAUGUGAAAGCUAUGUUUAAAACCUGUUGGAUUUUAUUAAAAAAGCUGUAUUUUAAAUGGGGUUUUUUUAAGACUUUCAUAGCUAAAUACUUUUUACUAAAAGAACUUAUGGCUAAUGUAUGAAUGAGAUUUGUGAAAUAAAUUCAUUUUAGAAGUG